CACGUCAUAUGAGAGCUGAAAACACUUUCAUUAUCGCAGCAGAGGAGAGUAACCUACAGUGCCUUACAGAAGAGAGUCUUGGCAAGAAGUGGGUAGUUGUGGGUACUCAUGGCAUCGUCAGACCACCAAGGAAACAAGGACCCCACAAACACAGAUGGGACGCCGUCCCCUGGCACAUCUUGCCCCGUCCACAGCCACGCUGCAGAAGAAGCGAAGCGCAACGGCUUGAGGAAAGCCCUGGUCAGACAUCGAGACUACGUCAAAAUUUCUGUACCUGAAGGAAAGGGCAAUCGUUUGCCAUCCGAAUGGUGGAAGACGUUCAUCUCUUUGUUUUAUGCCAUUUUGAACCUGGUUUUGACCACGUUUAUGAUCACAGUGGUUCAUGAGAGAGUACCACCCAAGGAGAGCAGCCCACCUCUGCCGGACAAGUUCUUUGACUAUAUAGACCGCGUGCAGUGGGCCUUUACAGUGACUGAGGUCAAUGGAAUGGUUCUGGUCUCUAUAUGGUCCAUUCAAUUGCUCUUUCACAGAUACAAGGCUAUUGUAGCAAGACGAUAUUUCUUCCUCUUGGGCACAUUGUACAUGUAUAGAUGCGUAACCAUGUACGUCACCACUCUACCUGUGCCUGGCAUGCACAUGGUCUGUGCACCAAAGCUCCACGGAGAUUCCCAGGCAAUGCUGCAGCGUGUUCUGCAGUUGCUCUCCGGCGGUGGAUUAUCAAUCACCGGAUCUCAUCUGUUGUGCGGUGACUUCCUCUACAGCGGCCACACUGUCAUACUCACGCUCACGUACCUCUUCCUCAAGGAGUAUUCUCCUCGUUCUUUCUGGUGGUACCAUCUUCUGUGUUGGUUAACGGCUGCUGUGGGUGUCAUAUGUAUCCUGGUGGCUCAUGAGCACUACAGUGUGGACGUGGUGGUGGCGUAUUUCAUCACCACCCGACUGUUCUACUGGUAUCACACUAUGGCUAAUCUGCAGACUUUAAAGUGUUCUCCGAACAACUACCUCACUCACACCUGGUGGAACCCCGUGUUUAACUUGUUCGAGAGGAACGUCCAGACCCAUGUGCCCUGUUCUUUCUGCUGGCCGAUCACAUGGCCGCCUGCCUGUCUGAAGAACCCCUGUAAGAAAUAUUCCAUGGUGCAGAGCAGCCGGGAGGAGUGACGUUGUGAACUCAUCACGAUGCCAAGACCAACAUGUGGAAAUCAUUUGUAUUUCGUUUGUGGCUGUCCCAGUGUUUACACCAUACCAAAGAACUAAAACUGUUUGGCUAUUGUUGCUAAUUAGAUCUCUAAUGACAUUGGGCUAAACAGAUCAAACUCAAUAGUAUUUGACAAUUCAUUGUUGAUAUUUUUACAUUAAUUUAUAUUCAGUCAAUGUGGCCAUUUAAAUAAACACUUUUCUAAGUACU